AUGACGACGAGAAAAAAAGAGAAAAAAAAUGCUUUUAUGAGUCUAAAAAUUGACUUAAGACAAUCAUCAUCACAAAACAGUAAUCUGAGUGAACAAUCUUACAAAUUUAAAAUAAAUACUUCAAAUGACCUUUUCCGCUGUUACAUGAGAUUGUAUACAUCUUUACAUUCAGUAUUAAUUGAGCAUACCGUGGCCAAUUGUGUUAUAAAAUCAUUAAGCGCUGGAUUUCCUUCUUCAUUUGUGCUGUCGACAAGAGAACUCUUCACAAGACAUUACGAACUUUUACGACAUUGCUUUGCAUCCAAAGGUAGGAAAAACCACAAAAACCAAGAUCUUCCGAUAUUUCGUCAUCAACGAGCGCUUCUUAAGGUCUUAAAAGUUUGA